AAUAAUUCGAUCGUUUCUGUUUGUUCUAGGUGAGUAUCAGUCUUGGCAGCCGUCUCUAUUCCGUUUUCUAGAAGCAUGCGAACAUCAUAGCCAUGCCAAUUCUCGAUGUUCUGAAGGGCCCUAUGAUGGUUGCAGAGAUUAUGGCCCCGCGGCGGAGCGGCUCGCCGGUGAACGGUGAAACGCCGGGCUGCUUGCCGACCAACGGGCACGGGGCCAUGCACUACCCCUCGGACGGGGGCCACCCGCCCGCUCCACCCUCCCUCCACUCCCUCUCGCCGAGGGGCCCCGACUCCCCCAACUCGGACUUCUCCUCCAACUACGGCAUGAUGCAGCACGGCAAGGAGCUCUUCUCCCAGCGGAAACAGCGCGAAUUCAUCCCGGACAACAAGAAGGACAACACCUACUGGGACCGACGGCGGCGCAACAACGAAGCCGCCAAGCGCUCCAGGGAGAAGCGGCGCUACCACGACAUGGUCCUCGAGAAGCGCGUCGUCGACCUCACCAAAGAGAACAUGCUCCUCAAAGCCCAGCUCACGGCCAUCGAGGAGAAGUUCGGCAUCACCGGGCUCAGCCUCGUCAACGUGGAGCAAGUCCUCGCCAACUGCCCGACCAACGACCAGGUCCUCAACAGCACGAAGCGGGUCAAGCUCACCCACCAACCCCUGCCCGGGCACGGGCACGGCGCCCUCUACAACGGCACCCCCUCGCCGAUCCCGACCUCGGUCAUCCAGCAGCCGACCCCGCCCUCGCCGCCGCAGUUCUACCCCCCGCAGGAGGAGUACCCCGAAGAGUACGCCCCCUUCCCGUUCACGCCGGUCCUGCCGCCCAUCCACCCGCCGAUGAUCGAGUCGCCCAACAACGCCCUGAACCUCUCGCGGCCGCGCGGGCGGAGCAGACCCGCCUCCCCGUUCGACCCCGACGAGGCCCCCGCCUUCACGCCCAACAACGCCCUGCCGCACAAGCUCCGGCACAAGUCCCACCUCGGCGACAAGGACGUCGUCGCGACGGCCCUCCUCUCCUUGCAGAACAUCAAGCAGGAGCCCGGAGCCCGCGCCUCCCCGCCCUGGGACGAGGGCAGCUCCGACGAGCGCGACUCCGGCAUCUCCAUCGACUCCGAGUGGGCGUCCACCACGAGCCUCGCCCCGCCCCACUCCCCGCCCCGAGGGGCCGAACCGCCCGCCUCCGGCCACGCCCCGCACCCUGGCCACGCCCCCCACCCCGUCGACGACCCCAACCACCUCAAGUCCCAAGUCGCCAGGCUUGCCUCCGAGGUCGCCACCCUCCAGAACAUCCUCUACAAGAAAAGUGGUCUCAAAUGAGCCUUUCCUCGGCUCCACGCUCUCGAUGAGCUCUCUCCCAUCAUCUUGUCCAGGUGAACGUGUGAGUGACUUUUGUCCCGUUCCACCCUCGAUCCUUGUAGAAUCGAAAAUGUUCCGAUCGGUGGUGUCCGGCUGUUGUUCGAUGAAAACGGGCCACGGGUUCGUCCACAACAGUGCCACUACAUCAGUAAGAUAGAACAGAGCAUGCGAGCUAUUGACCCCAUUUCCAAAUUUGCAUUUCAUUUGGAUGCAGAAAGUGUCAAAAAUUCUGCAGAGUUAGGCAGUAAGGGCGCAUCUGCUCUUAAACGCGAAAUAGCCUAUGUAAAAAUGUAGAUGCGUCUUUAUUGCUGCCCAAUUCUCACUCCAGUUUCCGGUUGUAAUGAAGCGGCGGAAAUUUGUAUAAUAUAAGUAACUCUGUUAUGAACCGUAAGAUAAUUUCCAAUAUCAGCACGAGUAUGAUGCUCAGAGGUGUGUGUUCUGCAUAAAAAGCACCCGAGCUGUUUACACUGUCUGUAUCUCCGAGUUGCAUUCAAGUACAUUUGCAACAGACGGAGAAACCCGGAUUUUAAGAUUAUUACUUGAAGUAAACACUUUUGCCUCUUUUCAUUUUAUAAUUCCACCAUCGUGUCUUAAUUCGGGGAUUAGUUCUUGAGAGAAUUACAUUUUCACUCCAGCGAAAAUUUUGGGAUAAGAUUUACUUAUGUGAAGUAAUUUUACUGUCAAGCUCUGCCAUAUUUUCAAAUUUUUCCAGUAAAUGCUGUGAGAGCAUACGUUACUGCAGGAAUCGUAACCUGUGCUCAUUUCUAAAGGUGCCUAUCUUUAAAGUAAUUUUUUUCUUGUACCAUGCCGUGUUGGUUCGGUGUUGAAUCGCCGAACUAUUAUGCAUUUCCCAUCAGUUUUCACCUACUAUUUUCGCAGAACCUAAUGAAAGCAAUGACAUUCCGAAAAGUCUUAUUUCGUAUAAUAUUUAUGUACAAUGUACGUCACCUCUGAGCCUCCACGAGCCAUGCUGAAUCUUGCACGAAAUUUUAAGUACAAUUUUGGUAUUUUCCAGCGAAGCGUUGUUCAAUCGCAUUCUUGUAAUAUGCGAACAGUGAUUCAAAAAUUUGCCAAUGAAAAGUCCUCGUUUUCAAAAUGACAUGUUUCACUGCUCUGGGAAGUCAGUUGCUCUAAUGUUCUAUCGCCCUGUUUAAAUUGUAUUAUCAAGUCGGGAAGACACAACAGUCAAUCUCUUUAGGUCUUUCUCCCGUUCUCAUGUAUAUUUUGUCUCAUGUUUGUGUAUAUUUAACUGUACAGUAUUUAUUUAUAUUUAUUUUACCCCGUUGUACAUAUCAUGAUAUUUAGAUGUAUCCAUUAUAAUGAUCAGUUUUCUCGCGUACGCCGGGAAAUGUCCACGAAUUGAUGUAUUUGGUAAAGUUGGGCAUUUCCCGUCGCGCUCGGAAAGACGGAGCACUUCUUUGUUUGUUAGCCUUUCCUGUUGUGUUUCAAUUCUUCGUUUUUGUAUUUUCUAUUUUAUACCCUGCGUCGGUGUUUAUACCCCGUUGUUUGGAGUAGCUUUUUAAAGCUAAACAUGUUGAAGAUCACGCGCGAGUUGGAAGCGAGUUUUCCUCGAUAAACAGUUGUAGGUAAAAAUAUUUUUUCGGUGGCGUGGCGUGUUUUGCGAUCCAUCGAUAUUUCCCCAUUUGAAGCUGAGGUAAAUAAUCGAUUAUUAAGGUUUUCGCUGCGAACACCCUAUAGGUUUAAAUGGUCGAUCAAUCGAUAUGUCGCAAAGUACGCCACGCCACUGUUGGAGACCCUAGUCGACGGUGAUGUCCGUCUUGUUAUGUUUCCAUUCAUUCUUCUUUCUCGAUUAUGUUUUUUUAGGAUUUCAUCCUAAUGGAAUGUUCCUUAUUCGUUCCAAAUUUUUUAUAAGUACUUACUCUUUCAGACAUUGCGUCACUUUAAGAACUAUCCAUUGCAGCAGUUAUCGAUUAUUUAAAUCGAUAACUGCAAAUAUAUCGAUACCUUCUUGUGGUGAAUGUUUAAAACAGUCCAUUUUCUGCCUCAUAAGGAGUUAAUUAGCAAUGAAUUUUUAAUGUGUCGUAUUUUACGCACCACAUUUUCGUAUGGCAGUUGACCAUUUUCCUACUAAAGAUGAUAAUAUUGAAUUCUGGGUAAGGGCUGCAGUUUAUUGUUGGAUUCUUGAAUCCCCCUUCCCCCUUAGAGAGUAUAAAUGCCUCCUAAGAUAUCAUGAUGACCGCAGAGUACCAGUACCGUAUGGUAACACAAAUGAGAAAAUUAUUAUUUGCACAGGUAAUUUAUUGCUAUUUAUGAUAAGACUUUCUUUUCAGUCCAUGCAAGUUUAUGUUAAGCCACGUUUAAUUAUAAAUUUUUCUUUCUGUAAGAGAGCUUUUGCAAUUUUUUUUUCAAAAUUUUUUGAGCGUUUGUCUGAAGUUCUCAAAAAUUAUUUUGAAAUCUCUUUCGGACCGAAAACAUCACGAGAAAAAAUUUGAGCCUCUGAAAUUCUUCAGUUUCGUCUCGAUACCCGCAUAUUUUCUUACGCAAUAUUCAUGUUAUCAAAAGAUUCUUUGUGGAUUGUGGAAUCUAGAUAAGUACAAAAGCUCUUUUACAUGGUCGUGAAAGUGUCACUAUGAUAAUUUUAUUUGAAUCAUCGUUUUAAUAUCGUGUCAAGCGACCUAAUUGUCCUUCCACCUCUAUUCCAUCACUAUUCUGUAUUGCUCCGGUACCUAUGUACUUUCACCGGUACAUUUUCCCCUUUUACAACAGUGUCUAUUCUAAAAUUCCUUCAUAUUUCAAAAAGCAAAUAGCGUUGAAGUAAGUCUAGUCCUUCUAGUUUCUAUGAAAAAUGUCUACAGGAUUGAAAAAAGAAUAAACAGCGUAAGCGUUUAGUUUUUUACACAAUUAUGUUAUCGUAAAAUCAAGGUUUUUGCACUGAUUGUAUGAAAGGAAUGGAAGGAAGUUAGAAAAAAUGAACGAAGUACUGUUUUCAGUUAUCUGGCAAUAAUCCCGCAAACGGUAACUGAAUUAGCUCUGUAAGUUAAUGCUGGAAACGACAAUAAUUUGAAUUAUUUUAUAACAUUUACUUUUAUAACAUCUCUUUAGCUUGAUAUUUACUGGCUUGGGGCAUGCUAUACCACCAAGAGCUCGUUGGAGUUUCAGCCUUAUAAUUUUCUCUGAUACCAAAGCCUUUACCGAAAAUUGUUCAUCACAGAUGCCUUUUGUUAAAAACACACACAUUGCUUGAGAGCGCUCCUGGUGUUUUUUGUUUUGUUUCCUUUUUCGCGUUUUCUGGAGGUUUUUGUCUUCAAAAACAACGCAUAGUCAUUUCAUUCCAGUGUAUUUUGUAUGUUCAUCAACUGAAUGGCUCUAGUUUGUUCUCUUGACAGCCUCCCCUCUUUGUAAGAUUAUUCAAAUGCCUAGUUUGUAAUUUGAGCCUUUCGUAUGUCAAUCCAGAGCUGUUCAAAUAACACUUACGCAACACAUGUUUACGUUUUGCUUAAGUGUCCCCUGAAUAAAUUGUAAUUAAGUGUAUUCAAGAUGCAGCGAUUCAAUAAACAUCGUCAACCAACUUUUUCAUGAAGUUCAUUAGAUGGUUUGUCCCACGCGUGUCGUAAGAAAGAGGUUUUGGGGGAUGAAAAUCCAUCCCCCAAAACCCCUUUCUUACAAUGUUUAUAGUUUCUUUCCAGGAAAAAAGUUCGCUUUAAUAUGUAAUUUAAACGCUGAAUCGGGUUCAAAACUAUUGAAUGGAUUGUAGGGACAUAUAACGUGUUUACGAUGACCUCUCAAUCAAUUUACCUUUUCUUUUGUCCACUUCACUUCUUUUUAUGUAUUUUAUUUUUUUCCCCAUAAAAUUUAUUCCCCUCUUUAUUCUUGAAAUCUGACUAGCCUCGAUCAUUUUCCCCCGAGGUUCUCUUUACUUACCCACACACCAUCAAAAUUGCAAAAAUUCAUGAAGCCGAAGUUCUUAUUUUAAUCUUACUCUGGAAUAGAACUCUUAAAUUGAACACAACCCGAUAGGUGGUUUACUAGUUUUUUUCUUAGGCGAUUUCUUAAUAUUGCAACCUCUCAUUUCUCGCCUUUUCGAUUCCCACCAUAGCUAGUGGCAUGAAUGAGAGGAAAACGUUUGCCUCAGUUACUUAUUUUUCGAGUUUCAUGGAGAAAAAGAAGGAUUAAAUUUACAAAUAAAUCUAACGCUUGAUGUGCAUUUUUAUAGUCACAAAAACGAAUAAAAUUGUCAACUUUCUUAGAGGCAGAAAGUUCUCUCUGCUCUAAAAAAGCUGUUAAAAUAAAUAUUAAUGGCGCACUUCAAAGGUUAAGUUUACGGAAUUGUAUGUUACUUAUUUGUUAUUGGUAUUUCUGUUUGUGUACAGUUAAGUUCAACCAGUACUGUAAGAUACCACUACGCUUCGGAACUUUCAGCGAACAAUAAAGCUGACUUAAAACAUUAUUGUCUCCUCUUUUCCAAGUAAAUUGUGUUGAAUUUUGAAAUCCUAGCUUUAGGCAUGUACACUUUUAAAAAAGAUUAUGAUUUUAUAUUAUAAAUUUAAUAAAAUUGUGAUAGUACUUUACUUUAAA